AUGAAAAAAUUAAAGCUUAAAGAAGUUGAAGGUGAUGGUAAUUGUUUAUUUCGCAGUCUUAGUUAUGCAUUAUACAAUAAUGAGGACAAACAUAAAGAUUUAAGAAAUCAAGUGGUUCAAUUUACAUUAGAUAAUUGGGCUCAAUUUAAAGAGCAACUUAAUGUUCUUCAUUCUCAAUUUAAUAGAUUGUUUGAAACAAAAAAGGAUUAUAAAGAUUACAUGGGAGGAAAUGGAAACGUAAGUAAAGAAAUUGUACUAGAAAAAGAUUUAGAAGUGAAAGAAAAGAAACAUUUAGAAGAAGAAGAGGAAAUAAAAGGGGAUCAAAAUUUGCAUGGUCAUGAAGAGAAUAAAAUAUCAAAUACAUUAUGCAAUAACGUAAUUGAAGAAAUUGCAUUGAAAAAAGACUCCACCAUUUUCAAUUUUAAUGAAGAAGAAGAGGAAAUAAAAGGUAAUCAAAAUUUGCAUGAUCAUGAAGAGAAUGACAUAUCAAAUCCAUUAGUCAAUAACGUAAUUGAAGAAACUACAUUGGAAAACAACUCCACCUUUUUCAAUUUUAAUGAAGAAGAACAAAUUGCAGGAGAAAAAAAAAGAAGAUGGAGUUUUAAGUCAAAUGUUGAUGAAAAUUCGAGUGAGUCUUCUAAUACAGAGAAAUGUGAUACAGAAGUAUCUAAAAAUGGUAAGUUUCAUGAAAAUGAAUCAAAUCAAGAUGAUUCUGAUGAAGAUAAAUCUGAUACAGAAACAGAAACCUUACUAUUGCAUAAAUAUGAAUCUGAUUUAAAUAAAAAAACAGAUCUACGAAAUAUUUUUAAGAAAGCAAAACGUUUACAGAGUGAAAAUGAUUCUUGCAGUGAAAAAGAAGACUGUAAUUUUGUUUUGGGUGAUACAAUGAGUAUAACAGAUGAAGAAAAAGAGGAAAAAGGUAAUGCAGAUGCUGAUACUGAUGUUGAUGCUGAUGAUGACGACGAUUAUGAUGCUGAUACUGAUGCUGACGAUGAUGAUGAUGAUGAUGACGAUGACCAUAAUGAUGAUAACAAAGAAAAUUGUGAAAUAGGAAGUUUAGAUGAAGUUUUGGCGCAAUUAAGAGUAACAAGUGAUGACAAACUACAGAAUAGACAUAAAGAAGGCACUGCCAGAUAUCGACAAAUCCGGGGUAGAGAACGCGAUAAAUUGAAAAAAAUAUUAAAAUACCGAAAACCAAAGGAUCUCUUCUCUGAAAGGAUUAAAAACGUUAAUAUGGAAUUGUGGCAUGAUGGACAGCCACAAAAUUUAACAAGAUUAACAACAUUUCAAAAAAUAAAAUCCGAUAUAAAAGUAGGAAAACGACUAACACUAAAAAGCUUUGACUUGCAAGACAUAUCGCAGCUUGAAAUCGAGGAAGAAAAAUCAUGUGACCCAUAUGUUCAACACGUAGCUUUACCAUUUACAGUUAUUUUGUCUACAAAAGAACAACAGAGAGUUAUAAAGGAAGAACCUGAACCAAGAAUUGGUCACACUGAUUCAACAGGUAAGCAAAAAGAGCAAACAGCAGACAUAGUACUAGUACAUGAUGAAGUUAUAGAAAUUGAAAAAAUCAAUGAAGAACUCCAAAUUAAAGAUGAUUUUAAAAUAAGAUAUAAAGGCAAUGUCUCGUAUUACGUUGAAAGUAAAUUUUACAAAAGAUAUUAUGCAAAAUAUCUACGUAUUGAAAGAAAAUUAGAAGAAGAAGAGGCAAUGAUAGACAUAGAUGAUGUUACAAAUGAUUAUUACGCGCCUGAAUUCGCAGAAUACCUAGUUUUAGAGUUUAUGCCUUAUAUAGGAAUCGUAGGUUCUACAAUGUUAGAUUUAGUUGGUGGAAAUAUAUCACGAGUAACAAAUUCAUAUGUAGAAUCUUAUAAUAAAGUUUUAAAAAUAGAUGUUUUACAUAGGCAAAAGCAAGACUCUAUAGGUAGUGUAGUUAGAGAAAUGAAGGAAAAUGUAAAAUAUAUAGUAUCUAAAGCAGAUUUAGGACCUCAAGCUUUUAUAAAAGAAAAGAAAGGUGAAAAAAUAAAUCCAAAAUAUCCACAAGUAGGUACAGAACACUUACUUCAAGAUAUUUGGAAACGAGGUACACAUGAAGGAAAAAGAAAGUUUACGCACUUCAAUGGUUUAACAGUAGAACGUGCGAUACAAAAAAUAGAGUCAUUAAAUAAUAGUAAAUUACAAGAACAAAAAAUGGAAUAUGAUAAUGUAAGUCAGGUAAUGACGUCAUCUGAACAGCAAAAUGAUAUUGAAAAUGCAGGUUUAUUAAAAACUACAUCCAUACAAAAAAUAGAAAACGAUAGUUUUGAUAUAGUAUAUUCAACAUCAAUUCAAAAUAAAGGACUUGAAAAUUGUAAUAUAGUUACUUUAACAUCAGUAGAUGAUAUUUAUUUCGAGAAUGGAUUAAGAAGAGAUGUCAAUUACUAUUAUAAGUCAAAUUCAAGGUUCAUUACCAUAGGAAAAUAUAAAGUACCCGAUAAAGUUAUAACAACAAGUAAAGAAAUAGAUAUAACUUGUAGAGAAUUUGAAACAAUUGUUAAUUGCAUGGGUUGGGUAGAUGGACAAAUAAUAGAUGCCUAUGCAAUAUGUAAAAUGCGGGAGUGGAAUAAAAAUGUAACAUUUUUACCCACUGAUGAAAGUAAAACAGCAAUUGGAGAUUAUACAAUAGAAAGAAGAACACUUCAAAACUCAUUUACAAUUCAUUGA